AUGGGGAUUAGAGACUUUUCUUCCAUCUGCUGUGCUGCAAAGCAUGAAAGAAAAGAACAUAAAGAAAGCACUUUCACACCUUGUCAAAGCAAAUCAAAACCUAGUUCCUCCGGGUAAAAAGCUGUCUGCACUGCAAGCCAAGGUGCAUUAUCUAAAGUUCCUCAGUGAUCUCCGAUUAUAUGGAGGGCGUGUUUUCAAGGCAACACUAGUGCAGGGAGAAAAGCGUUCAGAAGUGACUUUGUUAGUAGGGCCACGGUAUGGCAUCAGUCAUGUAAUAAACACCAAAACAAACCUGGUGGCUCUUCUGGCAGACUUCAGUCACGUGAACAGGAUUGAGAUGUUUACAGAAGACGAAAGCAGUGUUAGAGUUGAGCUGCACGUCUUAGAUGUAAAACCUAUUACUCUACUGAUGGAGUCAUCAGAUGCAAUGAACCUUGCUUGCCUAACAGCUGGAUACUAUAGACUGCUGGUUGACUCAAGGCGUUCCAUAUUCAACAUGGCCAACAAGAAAAAUCCAGGGAACCGAGAAACAGGAAUUGAAAAUAGAGGGAAGCAUAAUCUCCUUGCUUCUGAGUGGAACUGUGUACCAAAAACUACCACUUUCUUGGCUGAAGGAGAUCAAGAGACUCAAAUGUCUUUUGGUGAUCCUAAACAGAAAACUAUAGAUGUUUCUGAAAGUCUGUUAUGUCAAAAAGAACACAGACAUCUGUACAUAGAAAAUACCUAUAAUUCAGGCGGAUUUGAUCAGCAUCUGACCAAGCAAGACCCUACUGACGCAGAAGAAAGUAGAAAUUUUAAUCAGCCUUCACUACUGUCACUCUCAGGUUUGGAAUCUAGCAAGAAAGCACAGGAUUCUCCCAGGGGAGCAAAAGUUUCCUUUAUAUUUGGAGAUCACAACUUGGAUGGUAUCAAUCCCCAGACUCUUGGCUAUGAAAGGCUUUUGGAUGAAAGUCCAGAAGUACUAGAAAAACAAAGAGCCAUUUAUAUUAAUAAUGCCAAUGACAUUAAAGGUCUGGAGUUGUCACCAGAUGCUGAAAGCAUUCAGUUUGCUACAAAUGCUGUUUAUGCAACCAUAAAUGAUGGUAAAAUAUUUGGAGCUGCAGAAGGGAUAGAAGAGCCUUUGCUGCAUGAUAUUUGUUAUGCAGAAAACACAGAUGAUGCCGAAGACGAAGAUGAAGUAAGCUGUGAAGAAGACAUUAUGGUAGGAGAAAUCAAUAGGCCUGCUCUUCUCAGCCUUUCUGGUUCUAGCGAUGACAUUAUUGAUUUGACUUCACUUCCACCUCCAGAAGGUGAUGAUAAUGAAGAUGAUUUCCUAUUGCAUACGUUAAACAUGGCCAUUGCUGCUCCUCCACCCGGCUUCAGGGACAGUUCAGAUGAGGAAGACUCUCAGAAUCAAGCAACGCAGCCUAGAGAUGACAAGGAGCAAGCCAGUAAUCUAGGCAGUGAUGACAUUCCAGUGUCGCUUAUCGAUGCUGUCCCUACUAAUACAGAGGGGAAGUGUGAAAAGGGGCUAGAUGAUGCUGUAGUCUCUACACUUCAAGCACUAGAAGCUUUGGCUGCUUCAGAGGAACAGCAGACGAAUGACAAUUCAGGUUCUUUCACCAUAGUUACAUUUAUUCAUUGAAAAUCAUU